GGCGGGCUCCCCUUGGUCCAGCAGCCCGGUGGGGAUGACCGGCAGCCCGCAGCACCCCCAGCAACAGCAGGACGUGAAGGGGGGAGCUGGGAGGGACGAACUGCAUCCGGGGGCUGCCCUGCACCACCGACCGCCUCACCUCGGACCCCACCAAGGGCAUCAAGGCGGCUGGGGAGCGGCAGCCGCGUCUCACAUCCAGUCCAUGACAGGAGGAGCCCAGCAGCAGCAACAACAGCAGCAGCAGCAACAACAGCAGCAGGCUCUCCUCUACUCCCAGUCCGGUGCAUUCACUGUGAACGGUAUGCUGAGCCCUCCCCCGGGGAGCCAGAGCCUGGUCCACCCGGGCCUUGUCAGGGGGGAUACACCCGAGCUGGGGGACCACCACCACCAUCAUCACCACCACCAGCAGCAUCAGCAGCACCACCAACAGCAGCAGCAGCAGCAGCAACCGCAGCAACACCACGGGGUGAACAGCCACGACCCGCACUCCGACGAGGACACCCCGACCUCGGAUGACCUAGAACAGUUCGCCAAGCAGUUCAAGCAGCGGAGGAUAAAGCUGGGCUUCACCCAGGCGGACGUGGGCCUGGCCCUGGGCACCCUCUAUGGCAACGUCUUCUCCCAGACCACCAUCUGCAGGUUCGAGGCGCUGCAGCUCAGCUUCAAGAACAUGUGCAAGCUAAAGCCCCUGCUCAACAAGUGGCUGGAGGAGGCCGACUCGUCCACGGGCAGCCCCACCAGCAUCGAUAAAAUCGCCGCCCAGGGAAGGAAGAGGAAGAAGAGGACCUCCAUCGAGGUGAGCGUCAAGGGGGCACUGGAGAGCCAUUUCCUCAAAUGCCCCAAACCCUCAGCUCAGGAGAUCACCAACCUGGCCGACAGCCUGCAGCUGGAGAAGGAGGUCGUCCGAGUGUGGUUCUGUAACCGGAGGCAGAAGGAGAAGAGGAUGACCCCGCCAGGGAUCCAGCAACAGACGCCAGAUGAUGUCUACUCCCAGGUGGGCAAUGUGGGGGCUGACACACCGCCCCCUCACCACGGGAUGCAAACUAGUGUGCAAUGACUGGAGUGGGCACC